UGGAGCAGCGAGUGAGUGAGUGAGCGCGCGAGCGGAGAGAAGCAGCAGCAGCACAGAGCGCGCGCCUUCACACACUCAUACAGAGAGCGCGAGCCCGCCCGGCACACAGGACCGUUAGAGCAGCGCGCGCGCAGACAGAGCAAGCCUCAGAGCUCGGUGACCGGCUUUAACACGGGCUGCGUUUUAUUCUCCGUCCUUCAGAGGAGAUCUGUAUAUAAUUUAUGAGAGUUAAUUAACACAGGGAUUAACUGUCUGUAGAGUCUGAGCGCGCGCGGGACAGUAACCUGCAGGAGCCCGUCCGGAGCUCGCGCUGUGAUUAGGCUACUAUAAAAUCAUCACAGAAGCCGGUGAUCGUUAUUAACGCGAGAGGCCGUUAUUAACGCCUUAUUAGUGUUUUAUUAGCGCUUCAAUAGUGUUUUAUCAGCGCUGUCAUGCUGGCUCUGGCGCUGGAGUUCAUGGUGGUGUUGCUGCAGGUGGCGUGGGCCGUGCUGGCCGCUGCGCUGCGCUGGCUCGUGCGGCCGAAGGAGAAGAGCGUGUGCGGGCAGGUGUGCGUGAUCACCGGCGCGGGCGGAGAGCUCGGGCGCCUGUUCGCGCGGGAGUUCGCGCGCCGCCGCGCCACGCUCGUGCUAUGGGACAUCAACAGCACCAGCAACGAGGAGACCGCCGAGAUGGUCCGAGAGAUCUACAGAGAGCUGGACACCCAGACAGAGGGUCCUGGAUCAGAGGAGGGUUCUACAUUCCAGCCACAGGUGUACACAUACGUGUGUGACGUGGGAAAGCGGGAGAGUGUGUAUUCCACGGCCGAGCGAGUGCGCAGGGAGGUUGGGGAGGUGGAUCUGCUGAUCAAUAAUGCUGGUGUGGUGUCGGGUCAUCACCUGCUGGAGUGUCCAGACGAGCUGAUCGAGAGAACGAUGGUGGUCAACUGCCACGCCCACUUUUGGACCACCAAGGCAUUUCUCCCCAAGAUGCUGGAGAUGAACCAUGGCCACAUUGUGACAGUUGCCAGUUCGCUGGGCCUCUUCAGCACAGCUGGUGUGGAGGAUUACUGCGCCAGCAAGUUCGGAGCCAUCGGCUUCCACGAGUCCCUGAGCCACGAGAUCAAGGCCUCGGAGAAGGACGGCAUCAAAAUGACACUGGUGUGCCCUUACCUGGUGGACACGGGCAUGUUCAGAGGCUGCAGGAUAAGGAAAGAGAUUGAGCCAUUUUUGCCUCCUCUGCGGCCGGAGUUCUGUGUAAAACAAGCCAUGAGGGCCAUCCUGACUGACCAGCCAAUGGUCUGCACACCUCGCAUCGUCUAUAUGGUCAACUUCAUGAAAAGCAUCCUGCCAUUCGAGGCCAUUGUGUGCAUGUACCGUUUCCUCGGAGCAGACAAGUGCAUGUACCCCUUCCUGGCUCAGAGGAAAGAGGCUAUGAACAACAAUGAAGCGAAGAACGGGAUCUAGAUAACAGCUCCUAAAUUCCUGGGCACAUUCGCUACCAACACGAGGAAACACCACUGAGAGCAGAGUGGACAGAAGAGAGACUGAAUACAGACUGGUGCACUUGCAUUGAGCAGAUGCAAAGGUUUACCAUAUUGUUCCUCUGGAACAAAGAAAGCUGUGUAACUACGCUAAGGAUUUAUUUGUCUCUUUUUUUUUUGGUUUGUUUUAAAUGAAAACGACCAUCUAUAUACUGUGUCAAUAGUUUUGAAAUCAUACAUGAGAUAUUCAGUAAUUAUUUACAUAAUGUAGUCACCAGCAUUAUCUAGAGUCUUUGUGAAAAUAUACAGUAUGUUACUGUAUGAGCAGUAAAACCUUGUCACUUUUUUUUAUUUGUAGACAUGCACUGUAAUUACCUAAUCUCUCUACACUGCCAAUACUAUUAGCUAAACCAUUAUGCCACCUCAUCUCCCACAGUUCAGAGGCAAACCUUUCAUCAGUCAGAAAUACACCUACAAUUACGUAAAAAAAAAAAAAAAAACAGAAACCCAGUGACUAAUGGCAAAUCCAAAAAUUAAGCAUGUUUAAGUCAUUUGUUAAAGCAAAGAUAUUAAAGCCACAUUCAGUGGUAGCGCAGCAUCAAUAGUAAACCCAAUCAUAAAGUGACAGUUAAUGUCACUGGUAAAUCCAAUGGUAAACCCAGCAUUAAACCCAACAUUUUAACUAACACCCCAAUGAAGGCAAUGGUUAAGCCUAUAGUCCCAAACUUUCAUCUGACUGAUGUUUUAGAUCCAGAAGUUCAGUGUUCAGUAAACGUUCUCACUGUUUCAGCACUGUAUUGGCUGGUUUUGUGAAAAGAGAAAAAUUCCAGUCUGUGUUUUGAGCAGUUUCACACUCACUGACUCACUGAGGGUCACACUCUAUUCCACAAGAUCAAGAACGUUGAAAGAACUGAAUGGAAGCAAAACAGUACAGCUCUAUUGUUUUUUUUGGGAAUAUGUGUUAAAUUCUAUGUGUUAAAUUGAUUUUAUGGAGGCUGAAAGACGUGUCCUUAUUUACGUUUUUUGAAGCAGUAUAUGCAUUAUUUUUUUAAUCGACGGUUCUCUGCAAAUGUAAAGGAUGAAGCAGGACAUGGACUGAGGAAAGUAUGUGAACCAUCAACUCACCCACGUUGACUGAAAUGGUUUGAAAGUCUCAGAGCUCCUGCCGAGUGUCUACUGCGUCUUCAUCCCGACUACGUCCAGCUACAAUUUGUAUCAUUGUUUCUUGUAACUUGGACUAUUGACUGAAAUUGUUCUCCAUGAAUAGAUAUUUGGAUAUUUUGUAUGUUUAAGAAAAUCAUAUAUGAAUUUAAUGUACAUUCCAAUAGGCACCAUUUCUUCACUUAUAGUGAUGAGCCUAAAAUCACUACCUCUUCAUGUUUUGCCAUUUGUUGACAGUAUGACAUUAUGCCUCUUUUGUAACUAUCUUAAGACUGCUCUAUAGAGGAGCAAACAACGUGGUUCCAAUGUUUAGUGUCUCUACCUAACUUAAAUUAAUAAAGUGAUUUAGAUUGUG